UCAGGAGGAGGAAGUUUAAAUCUCAAGAGCAGUGUGAAGAGCACAGAACAUUGACAACAUUGUGAAAAAUGGUCAUCAGGCACUGAGGGGGAGCUGGAUUUGCAGAGGAGAAAGGAUAAUGGAGAACAUAAAUCAAAGUCAAACCCCUUCUGCGUUUAUCCAGCAGUUUCAAGACUAUGGAAUUGUUGCACUUGUGUUUUACAGCAUUAUUCUCCCCAUUGGACUAUUUGUUAAUCUCACAGCACUCUGGGUUUUUAGCUGCUCCACUAAAAAAAGAACAACUAUAACAGUAUACAUGAUGAAUGUGGCACUGCUUGAUUUAAUGUUUUUACUGUUUGUCCCUUUCCGUAUAAUAUACUAUGCCACACAAUCCUGGACCUUUGGAGAUCUAUUCUGUCGGAUCAUGGCUGCUCUUACAGUGUUUUACCCAAGUGUCACAUUGUGGCUUCUUGCUUUUAUAAGCGCUGAUCGAUAUAUGGCAAUUGUACAACCUAAACACAUCAAAGAGCUGAAAAAUAUUUCCAAAGCAAUGGCAGCAUGCUUUGGAAUUUGGAUAAUGACUAUUGUAAUCACAACCCCUUUGCUUUUUCUCUCUGAAGACAGAGACACAGAAAUUAAUUUCACCACUUGUUUCAAAAUGUUUGACAUCAUCCAUUUUAAACAAAACAACAUCUUGAACGUUGCUCGUCUGAUUUUCUUUUUCCUGAUUCCUCUACUUAUCAUGAUAGGCUGUUACAGCAUUAUUAUUUACAGUCUUAUUAGCGGCAGAACCUCACGACUGAAGCCCAAAGCAAAGAAGAAAUCAAUACAAAUCAUUGUGACUUUAAUCAUGCAGGUGCUACUGUGUUUUGUACCAUUCCAUGUGUGCUUCAUACUACUAAUGACCCAGGAAGAACAACACCACUACAUUUCAUGGGGAAAGAUAUCCACCUACCUAAUGAAUCUCAGCACAUGCCUGGACGUAAUCCUGUAUUACAUUGUCUCCAAGCAGUUUCAGGCUCGAGUGAUCAGUGUAAUUUGGUACCGGAACUAUUUGCGCAGUGUACGCAGGAAGAGCGGGAGAACGGGCAGCAUACGCUCUUUGAGCAAUAUCAACAGUGAAAUGGUGUGAUCUGUGUGUGGUCUUUAGAUGCAUAGAAUAAAUAUAACAUUUUAAAAAUCUGUAUAUAUUAAAUUUAAUCUAAGGACUUGGAAUUUCAUCUGAAGACUGAGUUACCAGAAUCUUUAAAAAAAAUAAAACAAUUAAGAAAAAAAAAAAAAAAGACUGCAUGCAUCAAGUACAAACUAACCACGAUUAAACACGGAAUGGUAAUCAUAUGAAAAAUAAAUCAUUUUUGAAAGAAAAAAAAAUGACUGCAGCUUUAGACACUGAAAGGGAUGAAGUAUUGUAAAUACAGUAAUGGAUAUAUGAUUAAAUACCUAAAACAGAAUUUAUAAAAACUGAAGUUAU